AUGGUGCAGAGCACGUCCAUGUCACCAGUUCACGCCACCAUGGGGGUCCUCACGUCCCCAGGGCGGUGUUUGCUCAUUGCGACGUUGUUGGCGUCAUCAUUUUGCAACUUCAUCAACUUUGAUCCGGGUUAUGAGUAUCAAUACAAAUUCAACUCAAAGACACAACUGAACAGAGUUGGAGACUUCCACGUGUCAGGGAAGGUGGGCUAUAUCAACGUUGGAGACAGUGUCGAAGGGCAAGAAAUCUACCUCCGAGUAUACGCUCUGGGCAUAAGCAACGGCCAAUAUGCUGAUACUAUCAGUCAUCAGUGGGAUUUUUCAAAGUGGUUCUCAUUUGUGAUAACUCGAAAAGGGGAGAUAACCCACGUGUAUCAUCCUCCUGAUGACGAUGAAGAGGCAGUUGCUAUGAAGAAAGGAUUCUCGGCAAUGUUCGCUUCCAGGCUUCACCAUGAAUCAGAUGUGCCUACGGAGAGACUGCCAGAAGGAUGGCGUUACCACGUCCUUGAAUCUGGACAUGAAGGCCUCCACAACGCCACCUACACUGUUCAACCAAGUGUCGAAGGUCACGUGUUCACGAAGACCAGACACCCGGAUGACCAUCCAGUGGAGCACGCCACCUCUAACUACACAAAGACUCUGUAUUACAACCGUGAACUCGGAACCGUGCACACAGUCGUCAUCGACGAGACGUUCCAGACCAUCCACAAGGUUGCAGAUGGUUUUGAUCCUCAUAGUACAGGGCGACCUGUGAAGCCUGUCAACCAGCUACAGGACAUGGAAUUUCCUGAAAUGUCAGCCUUAGCCUUGGGAAAGCUGGAGUUUCUUACAAAGCACAAAGUUCAUGAUGCUCCAGUAAAAGGACCAAGGCGAAUCGGAAAAUCAUCCAUCCAUCUUGGAAAUGUGAAGCAGAAGAAGAAGCCCGUGAAUGUUGCGGAGUAUCUGGGGUACCUGGAGAGGAACCUGACGUGCAUGAGGGAGGAACCGGAACAGGGUUCCAAACGGAUGUCCAUGUGCUUCUUCCGUCUGGCGUCAACGCUGAAGGCUCUCCCAGACAAGGUGGUGGCAGAUAUUGCGCAGCGAUACUUCACGAGAAAACCAACGUGGACACGGGAACACAAGGACCAGAAGUUCCUGUUCGAUGCAAUAGCAGUGCUGGAGAACGACCUAUCCCAAAACCUACUCUUUGCACACAUACUCAACAAAACACGACCUAAUCAGUACCUCUUGAAGAGAUUACUUAUUCACAUCGUCUCCAUGGACACUCCGCCCAUAGAUGUGAUCAUUCACAAGAUGACCCAACUAUGCUUCUAUCCACCGAUGUCGUUUCUAGAACUCCUGGAAAAGGAUACACACCAGCGGAUCGUCUUAGCAACCGGAGUGGUUGCUAGGCGACUGUGGGAUGCUGGAAGGAAAAAGGAAAGCGAAGAUAUUGUCAAAAAUCUGGAGAAAUGGCUUGGACUUCAUGAUCCCUAUGUCUAUAGAAAGGCGCGGUCUGUGAUGAAGGAAGAACAUCUCCAGCUAGUUGACCACUACAGGGUGGUUCUCCUCGGUGCGCUGGGGAACGCUGCUCUCUCUCGAUCAUAUGAACAUAUAGUGUCACACAUCAACUCGACCAACUCACAGUGGGUGAAGCGAGCAGGGAUUCACGCCUUGAGGAAAUACCAUCACGAAAAGAUUGCGGACCUGAUGUUGCGGACAGCACUGUAUGACGAUGAUGAGAAGGUGCGGUACGAAGCCUUACUGCAGUACCAGGCCCACCCUAAGGCGGUUGCCGUAGCACCCAUGUAUAUGGAGAAAGGGGUAAUUAAUGGAUCAAUAUUCUACGCCGACCCCCGUGACGUGGGCAUACAUGACUUCAGUAUGCACCACCGUGACAAGCGGUCAGUGGAGGACUUCGUCAACAAGAAGUGGGAGUACAACCUGAAAUCCCCCAGUGUGGACUGGCAAAAGAUGAUUGGCUCGACCAAAAUUGGGGCAGCAUUUGGUCUCAUCAUUAAAAAUGAACUAGACCUGAAAUUCUCCCUGCUCAACAGCCAUGCCCGACUGGACAUCCAUGACGAAGCCUAUGCACGGGUGCACCUGGGCUUCAUGGGCAAAACACUGGAGUUGUUUUUUGGCCGCGUCUGUUUCAAGGGAGGCGCGUCCUAUGACAUGAAUAUGAUGAAGGAAAACGCCAAGGGCGACAUGAAGAAACUAUUUGACCUCUUCUUCAACAUUAAGGACAACGCCAUCAAAGCCAUCGGCUCUGGAACCGAGCUGUUCAAGUCGUUGACGGAAGGAGAUGUGAAUAUAGAUCAUAUCUUUGAAGAUUUCAAGACGGCACUGGAAGAACUUCCUGGCAAAUUUGCCUCGAUCAUGGACAAAGCUGGGAAGGCUAUAAAUCUACUGGGGGAGAUUGAUGAAAAGGACCUACCACCUUUUGUUCGACCAAUGCGCAAUUUGGUGCUGAAGAUUACAUCGCUCGUAGGGAGCGCCCAGGGAGAUGUGAUGACCUUUUUCAACUCGCUGAUGGAAGCUGUUACAGUUGUAAUACCAACGGCAGCCAAGGAAAUCUUCAAGGACAUCAACAAGGUCAUCAGAUCGUUCAGAACAUUUGACAAAAACCCCAAAUCGGCAAUAUCCAAUAUUGCUGCAAGUGUAAUGAGUGUCAAAAACCACGUGACGAAUGUUAUAAAGGCAGUGAUGGACGUGAAAGACAAGUGCUCGUUCAUUCACGGUAAGAAACCUGACUGGAUGAAGAUGGACGGUCCUAUCGGUGAGAUCAUUAGCCUGGCAAAGACUGCUUUCACGACUCUGGCAAAGGGCGGCGUGAAAUGGGUGAUGGAGUCGAUCACUAACGACGAAGUCGCCUCUUUCUCACAUGGGAAAACAUCGAUGAAUUCGGAGAAGGAACGGUUAGUGAAGCUGCUGAAUGAGAUCCUGGAUGAUAUUCUUGGACCGCUGAAGGGGUUGAAGAACAUGGGGACCAAGUUCCUGGGCACUUUCCAAAAGGUGUACCGGGUCGUCAUGGACAUCAAGGAAGCUUACAACAUUCUUAAGAACGGAUUCGGUUCGGCCCGUAGCUUUAUUGACCGGUUGUUUGGACCCAAGUUCCACAAGGACUUCCCCAAUUCCAGGAGAGAGAAAGGAGGGGGUUGUAGUGGUUUUGGAACGUACCCCUCCAGACUCGGCACUGGGACGGAAUACGCACACGAUGGAGUGGACGUGCGCUUGAAAACUGGCGAGAAUAUUAUCUCCCCUUUCCAUGGUCUUAUGACCCUCUCUGAAGACCCCAAUGAGGUCAUUCUCGACAUCCGCGGUGGGUCGUUGAAGGAUACACAUAUAUACAUAACUAACAUCAAACCAAACGACACCAUCACUCGAUCGGAGCCGGUAAAGGUGUUGAGGGGUCAGGUGAUUGGCGUGAGCACGGAGUCCCCCUGCAAGGGGCAUGAUCACGUCCACGUAUCCAUGAAGCGAGAUGGAGGCUUCAUCGACCCCACCCACUACCUGGAGCCCCGUGUACCAGGUCUUCCUGCCUGGAAUCAAGAGUGUGACGACUACAAGGUCGUGCUCAAGAUGGACACCAUAGCCGAGGGUUGUAUUAUCUGCUUGGACGGCAAGAACAAAGUCGAUACCAGCCCAGAGCAGAUGGGGUCGGGGGACGACACUAUGAUCUAUCAACUCAUCUCAGGAUCCUUCGGGGGAGGAGGAGGAGGUAUCUUGGACAAGAUUACUGCGAAUAUUGAUAAACUUAUUGGAUCAGGAGAUAACGCACUGUCAACACUGUUUAAGAAUGCUGUAAAGUUUAUUAAGAACUUCUCCAUCCGUGACAUCAAGCUUGGGUCAAUCAUUGAUGUCCUGGAUGUCUUGGAACUGCAUGAAACCAAGAAACACGUGGCGGAGAUCAUCAAAAGCAUCAAGGUGAUGAUGGACACCAAGCCCUGCUUGAAUCCCUAUCAGUAUACUGACAAGCAGCUACGAGCGGAACUUAGAGACCGAGGGAAGAAAGCCAUAGGUUCCAGGGACGACAUGAUCAAAGUCCUGACAACUCCCUCCACCGUGUGUCCACUGUGGAAUAUCGCAAUGCCGAAGUCUAUAUUCUGUACCUUCGACAACAUGUGUUUGGGAGUAGAGUGCUGCGUGUAUUUCAAGGCGUUCAUGUUCAGAUUCACCUAUAAAGUCUACGCCAGAUUCGACCCGUGCACCAUGGCCUUCCAUCUGGGUGCUGGCACCUUCAACACAACCAUCAAACUGCCAAAUUUCGGUUUCAACAAUAUGUUUUCAGGUCUUGAUCAGAAAAUCCAGACCGGCUUGGUGCUUGAGGUACUCGGUGGGAUAGAGUUAAUAAUACGAGUCAAGUUGGAGAAAAGUGAAAAGGCUAUGCUUGUUUCUCUUGGAGCUGGAUUUUGCUCUGUCAGCAACCUGGAUAAAUGUCAGGGAUUUUUCUACAUCUUGGAUAAGGCCGUGACUCCCCUCCCUAUGUGCAACCCAGAUGGCACGAUAACCUGGCCUGACAUUGACUACAAGUCGUUGUUGGACUUUGGGAAGCUGAAAGAGAAACUGAAGGACACAGCAUUCCGACUGGCAAAGGAGGGAAUAGAUCGCCUUCUGACACUGUUGCCUUGCAUUUCCCCGGAUGCUCCUGGUAAAACGACACCAUGCUCCCGUCCAAACGGCAUGACUGACCACAUGUUGAAGGAUGAGUUGAAGAAAGAGGGAAGUAGCACAGAGGGGACCCAUGAAGAGCUUGUACAGAGGCUCGGGGCCAUUCACAAAAGUUGCAAGUACGACGGGAGGCCUGUCACUCUUCCACCCAUCCCGAACGAAAAGAUCGACAAGAUGAUUUACAUAAAACUGACGAGCGACUGUAUGCGAAUAGACUUGUGUGCCGACCUUGCUAUCCCACAGCUGGGAUUCACCAAGACUGUCUCCAUGUUUGUUGACACCAAACCAUGCAGUCUGAAACUUAUCAUUGGCUUCGAGGAAUGUACUGUAGUCUUUUCUCUGCUGGGAUACGAGUGGGGAAAACCGAAGGUCUAUAGGCUGAAUGAUCAUGUUGGCGUCAGGUACAAGGUUGGUUUAGACGAAUUCCAAGAGAACUUCCGAAUGUCAAUCGGGUUGCUGAUUGAUAUAGGAGAAGGGGCUCCACUACUGGACGCCAUGUUCUUCAACGAUGUUGAACUGCCAAUACCCAAAUGUAAUGGCAGGACUCAUCUUGCAGAGUGCACUACGGCUAAACCGAAGUACACACCCUCAGUUCCAUUACCCAAGGGGUACGAAUCCACCCCGUGUCAGCUGACCUGUGGCGGUGUCCACUGCUGCGUUAACUAUACAUUUGACAUGGUCUUGUUCAGGACGCCACCGGUUGUGAAACUGCCGGUGUUCCUUAAUUUUGAUCCCUGUGAACUCAGCGUUGAAAUCGGCUAUGGGAAAUACAAGCAUGCAGAAAAACUGCUAGCUUAUAACUGGGGUACUGAAGCUGUUCUUGAAGUCGGGAAGGGGAACAGCACACCGGUCUACCUUCAGUACAAGAUAUCCAAAGCGGACAAAGACUUCAAAAUUGACUUCAACGUUUCAACAUGUCUUACUAUUGAUUUUGACACCUACUGCUACCCUAAAGAUGGCCUGAUCCUCAUGGACCAACAAACAAUAUCAGGGUGCGAUCACAAGGUCACUCUGCAGAAAAACAAGUUCACGAUGACUGAAUGGCUGACCAGUCUUGACCUUGAUCCAAAUCUUCCAAAGCUGCCUCGGACCACAGCAGAUCUUCUCUUGAAGAAGUUUCCAAUUAAUGACAAGCUCCUGAAGACGCGAUGUGACCAAACAAGGCCUCCGUACACUCCGCAGGUUGACGGCUGGAGAAAUGAAUGUCCACGAAGUACACGGAAACUAACGAAGCUUCCCGAAGGCGUGCGCUGCCACCUAUCCGCCAGCUGUACCAGGAUUGAGUGUUGUUUUGAGGUCGCCUACCUGGGCAUGUCCUUCUGCACACACCUGAACGUGGACGUGUGUCAACAGAGUAUCAAUGCGGCCAUCGAGAAGACCUCCAUCAGUUUCAACCUCCUCAAGGAGAAAGCAAGCCUUACCAAAGGAGUGUCCAAGUCUCUGGAUAUAGCCAAGGUUUUUAAAAUGAGUUUCAACGUAAAGAAGGACGGGGCGAUCAUCAAGGCCGACUACGACAUCAAAGUCUGUUUUGAAGAGGACAAAUGUUUAUUUGAGGCGAACAUCUUAUCAGCCACAGAACUGCCACCUACACAAUGCACAGCGAUGGAUACAAGCAAAUUCAGCUUGAAGCAGUGGGCCAGUAAGAAGGGCAUUGACUUAAGCGGUGGUCUGCAGCCCUCGGAGACCGACCUGUUGCUAGAACAGCUCGGUAUCAAGGACAAGAUGCUGGACCCGCCGUGUGAUAGGAACGGACUCAAGUUCAAGCCUGCUGGAACAAACCAGUGGAAGAAUGACUGCGCUAAGCCCAAAUACAGCAGUAGCCUGUCGAAGCUGGACCUGCCCGUCAACUGUCAUCUGAACACUGACUGUCUGGCUGUAGAGUGUUGUCUGGAGAGCAAGACACUGGGGAGAACGAUCCAGGUCUCCUUCAACAUCGAUAUGUGUGACCACUACAUCGAAGGCAGCAUCGAACAGUUUAUGUUCAAGGUCAAUAUGCCGGAUUAUAGAUGGGGCGAGAGAAAGGAAAUGACUUUCAAUGGUGUCCACAUCGCUAAGAUGAAGUUCCGGAUCGAGCGGCUGCAGUCCCAGGACGUCUUUGCUGUAGACCUCACUGCCAGCAUGUGCUUUGAACAGGACAGCUGUGAGGUGGACGUGCAGAUCCUUGACAAGGCCUUCCUGCCCAUACCAUCAUGUCCCUCAAGGCAGGGAUACCACGACAGGGAGUUCUCAGUGAAACAGUGGGUAGCUGACAGAGGAGGUGCGAUGAACGCUCAACUAUCAGCAGAUAUCCUGAACGAACUGGACAUCACCCGCUUCCUGCAGACUGGCCAAUGUCAGAGCUAUAGCCAACCCUUCAAGGGCGCCAAGGACAGCUGGAAGAAAGACUGUCCGAGAUCGGUUCCUCUUAGGCCCCUGCCACAAGCUGCCACCUGUCACCUGUCAGAUACCUGCACUGGCGUCUCGUGCUGCCUCGAAGCGUCAGAGGUGAAGAGAAACUUCAAAACAUUCCUCACAAUUGACGCUUGCAGCAACAGCAUGACCGUUGGGAUUGAGAAGAUGAUGUUCAGUUAUUCAUUGUUUGACUAUAACUGGGGUAAGUCUACCGGAUAUGGUAAAGCGGAAGUAAUUGACUUACACGGUCUGAUCAAAGUGGAGUUCAGCGUCAAAAAGCAUCGGGAUCAGAAGGCGUUUAUUGCUGACCUGAAGCUGAAGGUGUGCCCCGCUGCCAGACAGUCAUGUCCCACCACGAUAACCGUCCUGGAGAACACCCUGCUUACGUCACAGCCCUGCAAGUUCGAACUGCCCUCACUAGAACCGGGAUUCCAGAUCUCGGACUAUGUGUCGUCCAUGACGGCAACUCUGGACACCAAUGCCCAGAAACGUCUGCUGGCCGGACUGGGGGUAGCCCAUCACAUGAAAACAGAGGCGUGUAGCUUCCUCGGACGGGGCAGUAACGGCUGGAGCUCGUCAUGUGAGAAGAGCGUGACCUUGGACAACCUGCCCGAGUCUGCGUCGUGUGAGAUGUCAGCAUCGUGCAUGAAUGUGGACUGUUGCCUCGACGUUCCCCUCCUCACCAGGAACAUCAACUACAAGCUGGACCUCGACGUCUGUAAAUCAACACUCAACCUCGCCAUUGAAAAUGUCAAGUACCAGAAAGUAUUGUUCAAAUACCACUGGGGAUCUCCUGACAGAAUGCACCUGAAGGGAGUGUUCAGAGCAGAUUUCAUCAUCGACUAUUUCAAGACCCAGAAGGAAAUCGCUCUGACACUAAACAUCAGCGCCUGUAUCGACCUUGAGAAACCAUGUCAGAUUGUUGUUCCCGUUGCCAGACAUACGAAGCUGCCAGUGCCCGACUGUAACACGGGAGGUCCUCAUCAAGAUUUCUCUCUGGCAAAGUGGAAGAGGGAAAACAAUAUAGGGUCAAGCAUGACGCCGGUCCAGCGGUCCAGACUCGAGACAGCAAUGGAAAUCUCUCAGUACGUGUUGGAUCCUAUGUGUAACAGGACAAAGGGCAAGUUCAAGCCGCAGUCUCAGGGUUGGAACAACGCCUGUGCGAGAGAUAUUGCCCUGAAAAACCUCCCUGAUGGUGUUUCUUGUCACAUUCCUGAGCACUGCACAGCUGUUGAAUGUUGCGUCACUUCCGCUAAACUGGAACGAACAUUCAGUGUGAAGGUGAACGUAGAUCACAACAACCAGGUGCUCGAUGUGGGAAUAGAAAAGCUCGUCCACCGGCGGAGUCUGCACACGUACAAGUGGGGAACGGAAGAAAACUUCAACUUAAACGGAGUUGCCAAAAUGAAGUUUAAGAUACAAGAUCUGAAGAGAUCUAGGAAGUACCUGAUGACCUUGAGUGUGUCUGUAUGCACGGAGGCUGGACAGCCAUGUGACAAAGACAUCGAGGUUCUGACCGAUGUCCUGCUGCCCCGACUGACCAGAGACUGGAACAGCAAGAAGACGAUGCCCGGUUUCACAUUCAAGAAGUGGCGAUCAGAUUUCAACGUUCCCACAGGGACAAAACUUACAGCUUUUCAACAGCGAAAGCUUUUAAACGACCUUGACCUUUUGGACCACCUUGACGAGACCAGUUGUGACCUCACGGCCUCGCCCUUUGACGAAGCCACGGAUGGCUGGAACAAUGAAUGCUCGGGCGAUGUUGAGGUUGGGAAACUCCCCCCAGGGAUAGCAUGUCAUUUGAACAGCAACUGUCACAGCCUACAGUGUUGUGUAAAGGAUGACACCCUUGGAAGGUCCUUCAACCUCAAGAUAGAUAUUGAAGCUUGUGCCUCUAAGAUCAGAAUGACGAUAGAAAAGCUGGUGUUUGUAAGGUCCUUUUCUACCUACAGCUGGGCUGAUAAUGAAAAUCCACUUAAAUGUAUCUCCCUUUCCACCUGCAGUGUCCUGAUUGACGAUCUGAGAGGACAAGACAAGUUCCUGCUGGUUGCCAAUAUGAGUGUAUGCCUUGAGAAGGAUUCCUGUCUCUUCUCUGCAAAUGUCCUUAAGAAAGCGAUGUUCAGCAAAGAUAUUUGCGAGCUGGAUAGCCUGGAAACGCUGAAAGAUUUUCCGCUUGACACCUUCUUGUCUGACAACGGUGCUACUGGGCAGGCCAAGCUGUCACCAUUAGUUGCCACGCGGAUGUAUGAAGCACUGGACCUCGCCCGCUUCUUGAAAGCUCCACAGUGUGAUACCAAGGCUGCACCUUACACAGGUGGUACAAACGGGUGGAAAAAUGAUUGCUCACCACUGAAGAAAGAAGGUGGGUUUUCCGCCGUUCCCGCUAAUGUGGCCUGUCACCUAGGGACCUCCUGCACCUCCAUCAACUGCUGCGUCUUCAUCGACCUUCUGUCCCGGAACUUCAACUUCGCCUUGAGUGUAGAUGCAUGCAACUACAAGAUGACGAUUGCCUUGGAGAAACAUGAGCAUCAUCAGAUGCUGAUGGAUUAUGAGUGGGGCACAGAAGAACAUUUCUAUUUGAAAGGCGUUCUGAGGAUGGACUAUACCCUCACCCAACUGCCACAGGAGAGGGCGAUAGAGGCUACGGUCAGCAUCAGCGUCUGUCUCAAGGAAAGUGAGUGUCUGUUUUCCCAAAAGCUGCUGGACAAGGCAAAGCUGCCACAACCGUCUUGCGAAUGGACAUCGAAAGUCAGCUCGCACAGCUUCUCCCUGGAGAAGUGGGUCGAGGCUCGCGGAGUGCCGUCCGCCCAGACCGAGUUGUCUGACAGCCUGGUGGCACAGCUGUUGGAGGACCUUGGUAUGUCCAGCUACCUGCCUGUACAGAACAGUUUGGACAUCAUGCUGGACAUCGACUCGCCAUAUUGCAAGAGAGACGAGUCCCCCUUCUCUCCCCACAAUGUCAACAACUGGAACAAAGACUGUACAAGUGUCGACGUACCUUCGUUGGACAAGUCUACCAACUGCUACCUCAGUUCCAACUGCAUGUCGGUGGAGUGUUGCUCCGAUCUCCCACACAUACGUCGGUCUCUCAAGACGUUGUUCGCCGUCGACAUCUGCGCCAUGACCGUGGAAAUGAAGCUGGAGCGUCUAACCUUCAACCUCUCGCUUCUGGAAUAUGAAUGGGGAACGACUGCGCAGUUCAGCAUCGGGAGCUUUAUCAUCUUAGAGUACAAGAUGGAUCACAACCCCACGGCAUUGAAAAUAACAGUAAAUCUCAGGAUGAAGAUUUGCUUCGAGAAGCAGUGUCAGAAGGACUUCCCAAUAAUGUCCAACAGUGAGAUUACCUACAACCCGUGUGGACCCGAACAAACCGUACCACUGCAGGGUUUGUCACUUGACUUCUACAACCCGGAAGUCUGCAAGUUUGGACUAGAAUUGAAUACGUGUUCUGUGAAGCUGCCCAGCAACUUGGAUGACACGUGUCAUGUCACAGACAGUUGUAUGGGGGUCAGAUGCUGUGUCCCCUUUGAUGUUCAACACCUCGGUGUCUACACCGUCUCCACCGGCAUCGAAGCCGACCACUGCGCGGACAAGUUUGAAUACCACGUGGAAAACAAGAAGUGGUCCAAGAAUCUAAAGGCUAUGACAUUCGACAAGAACGUGACAGAACAGGUUGGAGAUGGCCUGACCCUGUCCUACAUCGUCAGGAAGACAGUCGCCAUGAUCGAGUUGUCCUUCAGUCUGAAGGUGUGUGUGAAGGAUUCUCCGGGAUCUCCCGAGUUCUGUCAGUACAAGGUCAUCCUGGACAAGGUCAUCUUCCAGACAUCUACCUGCGGCUUCCUGGGGCGGAAGAGGCGGAGCUACAUGAGUGACAUGGUCAAGAAGAAAAUGGAUGUGAACGGUAUCUUGUCAGGUCUGAUGGAGAAGACCGGCAUUACAAACAAGCUCAUAAAGAAAGCGCUGGAUGCUGUACAGGACUUCCCGGAUGUCAAUGACGUCGAGUACGAAAUAGGGGACAGGAAAGAGUCUGCAGAAAACCCAUCCACAGCUCUGAAUCUGAUGGGAAAUGAAAAUCCGAAGACGAUUAUAUAUUCUGGUAAAGCAUUAGGAGGAAGCUACAACGUGGGCAUCGUUGGAGGAGGAGGCAAGGUGAUCAAGAUGCUAGGCAAGGCGUUGGGGGUGCUCGGUCGAGGACAGCAGGCGUACACAAUAGGGAGUGGUCUCACUCAAGCGGGCAUGGAACUCCUAGGUGCCAAGCUGGCCAAUAUGAGUAUUGGUGAACUCCUGGCCCUCUCAGAGGAACUCACCAUCUCUCCGGAUACCGCUUUCAAGAUCAGCAUGCAGCUGAGGGACCUUGCCAUGGCCGUGUAUACCGAGGUUAUUCAGACGGUCAUAAACGGAGAUUUUACUGACUUCUUUAAGUCAUUUGAUGUCAUCCUUGAAGGAAAAUUUGAAAUUCCUCGGCAGAACAUUAACUUCUUCUCACAUAAAUGGUUCUUCCUCGUGGGCGGUAUCGUCCCUAUGACUUUCGAUUUUGGCAUCGGGGCAUCAUUGGGCAUUAAAUUCGGGAUAGGGGCCCAGGUUCUUGCUCUGAAAGCUAAAGGUCAAGUAACCCCCUACGUCGGUGCCCAUACAUGGGGUGAGCUAGGCAUUGGGUUUGUUCUUUACGGCAAACUCAGACUGGAGGGAUACCUGCUGACCUUGGCCUUCCCCACAGUGGCCGAGAUCCAGUUCACAAAAUGGCCUCUCUCCGUACACGUGAUUAUGGAUCUUGAAUUUGUUCCCAUAGAGCUUUCUCUCUAUGGCCUCGUCACACUUGAGGUCGACAUCAAAAUAGCCAAGAUAACCAAAGUGUUGUUCAAAGCCAAAAUAUUUGGCUACACCUCCCCGGUAAUCAGUACACGAAUUUUCGAAAUUGGCACCCACAAGGGAGACGACACGCCACCCCACUUCCUUCACUACAUCCAACACAAGGACGAGAGACGUCGACGGGCGAGAGGAAAAACGGAGUCUUGUUUCGUGCGGCAAGUCCCAGGAAAGGACUACACAGAACCGACUAUUGAGGUAGCGGCAGCUGGAGUAGAGGAUAGGGGCAUAGUCGACCUCUACCUCGAGGCAGGCACACAACCCGGUCUUGAAGAUGUCAUUGCCAAAGUGAAAUUAGGUGGACCUUCCCUUGUCAUCACCCAUGAAUUAAAACCCCACGGCGUUCCACUCUACUUCACAAUGCUCGGUGUAAACCAUGGGGAUUUAGAGACUCCAAUCACGUGCAGCAUCCCCACCUACGAUAUCACACUUCCUGGAGGACGACUGACCGCAGACUUCCUGACCACCAGCAACCCGUCUGAGCUCCGUGCAUCGAUGGUAGUGUACGAAGACUCCGUCCUCAGCAUAACCAACAUAGGUGUCGGUGUGGGCAAGGGCAUGUACGCGGAUGAAGUCGUGCCAUUUUCCAACGUCAAUCUGCAGAGCGGCGACACAAAUGACUAUGAUCCAUCAAGUGACAAGACUGGAGAAAUUGCUCUCACCCACUUCAACGGCGUGAAGACUGGCCGCCUGAUAGGCCCCGUGAUCUCCACUACAACAGGGCUACAACAUGCGGGACUGUGCGCCAAGCUCUGUUUACAGUUUCCACCCACUAAGUGCCUCAGUACAAACUAUGACUACAGCUCGAGCGGUACUUGUGAACUGCUGGAGGCCAUUGAGGGACAUGACUUUGAGGUUGCAAUUUCAGGCCAGUUUGCACACUUCGAGCGACUGGGUGUUGGACUGGCUCAUGAGUUCAUCUACAAGGACCUCUCCCUGCGUCACAACACUAUGUACUACUUCAGCAUGCAUCUCGUCAACACCCUCAACUUCUCCAGCUUCAUCCAUAGCCGCGGCGUCAUCGUUGACGUUACUCCGCCUGAACCAGGUCCCCUGGCUGACGUCCAGAUGGACACCAGUGAGGUGUUAGACUGUCACAGUCUCCUCCCUGAAAACAGGCCAAACUGGGCUGAGAGGUGUAAAGGUGUUAACAGUCAGAUCAAGAAUCACAGGCUGAUCAUGGAUGGCCCUGGGUCCAUGACGUUGUUUAACGGCGAGGAACCUCUGACAGACCAGAAGUACACACGAGCCAACAACUACGUGGCAGCCAACUGGGACGGUAUCACUGACGUGGAAUCUGGAAUCCUGGGUUACUCUUGGAGCGUCGGUACCCAGCCCUGUGAGGAUCUGAUCCACCCCCACCACGACCCCCACAAGCACCUGUUUGACGAGGCAGAGUGGACCCACACCGGUCUUCUGUCUCCUCUACCGGAAGAGUUCAACCCACUUCCUGAUGGCAAAUACUACGUGACACUACGUACCUUCAACAAGGUUGAGUAUGGAGGGCCGUUGGUCACGAGUGUGUGUCACACAACACCCUUCUGUAUUGACAACACCCCGCCGAUCGUAUACGAGGUGUACAACAUCGCCUACGAGGAGGAGAACCACACAAUAUCGGCUGAGUACAACGUCAGUGACCCGGAGUCUGGUGUCCGAGAGCUUGACCUAUGUCUUGGUCAGUCGACACGUGAUUGCUACCAUAUGCCAUGGCAGAGGUCAACGCAAGGUGACGGCAAGGUCAACUACCAGUACGAGAUUCCAGGUGGCAAGCCUGUGUGGAUCAAAGUCAGAGCCAUCAAUAACGUUGAUUUAAAGACUGUUGACGUAGCUGACCGCCCCAUCAUCAUUGACAACACCCCACCUGUUGCCGGCGUUGUGUACGAUGGAGACGUCAACAAACUGGACCUCAACUACACCAUGAACACCGAUAAGGUCUGUGUCAACUGGUUCGACUUCCACGACCCCGAAUCCGGCAUCGCCUACUACGACAUCGUGGUGCAAGAGAACACGGGUACCCCCAUAACAGAAGUGGUCAGUGUUGACCACAAGACGAGCAAGACGUGUAUAACGCUGCACCCUGAACGGCUUCUACAGCACCUCGAUAACGUCACCGUCCACAUCACCGCCUUCAACGCUGGCCACAGACAACAGAACAUCUCGGCAAAGUCGAACGGAGUAAUUGUUGAUAUGACUCCGCCCAUCCAUGGCGACAUCGUCGACGGUAGAUCCCCAUCGUUCAGAGACCAGAAGUUCAGUACCCACAAGGCGACCAUAGGGGCGGAGUGGCGUGGUUUCUCCGACCCCGAGUCAAGUCUCAGACAAUACGCUGUGCAAAUACUUCGGGCCAAGGACAUGUCCUCCGAGUUUGAGGUCCUGAAGGACUGGAAGACAAUGGACACGAACAUCUCUCAGUUCGAGUGGCACAAUUUCAAACUCGGACACCGUGACGUGGUCAAGACGAAACUGCGGACGACGAACAACGCCCUGGCUUCAGUGGAGCAGACCACGGAUGGGUUCGUGGUUGACCUCACUCCUCCAAGGAUGACCUUCAUAGGGGAUGGAAGUGUGACAGACGUGGACGCCGAGUUCCAGGAAUCCGAUGACAAAGUGGAAGCUGUCUUCAACUUCUUUGACAACGAGUCAGGGCUCGAACACUUUAAGUACCAGGUCUACGAACUGCAUGAAGGAUCCAGACAUCAGAUCUACCCACCUUCUGGAGGGUGGGAGACUAUCCAUGACUGGCACGCUACCAGUCUCAAGCAGCACGGCCUCACCCUACGGGCAGGGGCCAUGUACAGUGUGAGGGUUGGGGCAGUCAACAGAGCCGGGGCGGUCUCCACGUAUGACACUAACGGGGUGUUGCUGGACAACACUAUGCCAGAGAUGCACUGGGUGUAUGUGGGCAUAUUUGCCGGACGUGACGAGGAGUUCAUCGACGGCUAUGUGAUACAGUCUGACCCAACUGGUAUUAAAGCUACAUGGCUUGGGGAAGACACGGAGAGCGGUAUAGCGGGGUAUCACGUGGCUGUUGGCACGACGAAAGAGAGAACUGAUAUCCUGGACUGGACAGAUGUUGGUCCCGACAAAGACAAGUAUAUAAGCGACUUGACCCUUAACAUCACUGACCCCGUCACCAUGACACCGGUGUAUUACGUGAAGGUCAUGGCCCGAAAUGGAGCCGGGAUGGACAGCGCCAUAAUGACGUCACAUCCAAUCAGAGUGGUGGAUCAGGACAAAGCAGGCAUUGUCAUCGACGGCGGCGAUGCUACAGAACGUGAAAACUACAUUGGUAUCGGCGAAGACAUGGACUACCAGACAGAUGCAGGAGUGGUGACUGUGCAGUUUGCUGGUUUCGAGAGUCAUGAACAUGGCGUCACGUACUAUGACUGGGCUGUGGGCACGACACCUGGCGGCGAGGAGGUGCAACCUUUCAUCAUGGCGGGACUCACUCACGAUGAGUCAGAAUCGGAUGUCCCUGGGCGUGGUUUGGCCAGCACAGGGUUCGGCCAGGCUGCCCUACCGCUGAAGACCGGAGUGAAAUACUACACCACAGUCCGUGGUAUUACGAACGGAGGAAACAUACUAGAAUCUACAUCGGAUGGUUUUAUCGUUGACCAAACACCACCCACAAUACAAUUAGAAAGCUUCGCACUGGAGGAAAAUCAAACAAGGCUCCUUCCGGGCAUUGUCUUGUAUCAGUCUGAGGUGGACUCGUUGUCGGCCGCCUGGAAGGUGAAGGACGCCGACUGUCCAAUCAAGAAUGUCUAUUUCUCAGUCGGGUCGUACCCGUACGCAGAUGAUAUCUACAACAUGACGGAGAUACAGUCCCUAACUGGGGACGCGACGCUCCCACCUGGAAUAAAACCAACAGCUGAUGGGAGACCCAACAUCCUCACCAUAACAGCCGUAAAUGAAGUUGGUCUAUCAACGAGAAUUAUCUCCCCUUUACUCAUUGUUGACGUAACUCCGCCGACAGAGGGCGAGGUGAAGUGCCCAUCAUUUAUCCAGUUUCUUUAUGUGGCCAGUGUAUCGUGGACAGGUUUCCAUGACGACGAAAGUGCCAUCGUGUCCUACGAGUUCUCCCUGGGGUCUGACGAAGGUCUGGAGGACGUGAUCCGUCCCGUGUCGUUGCCAGUACACACGAAGAAGUUCCUCAUACAAGGGCUGUCAGGCAGCGUGUCCCAUGGCCAGUCGUACUACGCCGUCGUCAAGGCAAUCAACAGUGUUGGUAAAAUAGCCAUUGUUGUCUCUAAGCCAAUCAGCGUGGACACAACACCACCCAAGCCAGGCACUGUUGUAGAGCUCAAGUCGGACUAUCGUGUCAAUGUGUCUGACCCUGUUGCAUCUGAGAGACUCAACGUCAUGCAAUGCGACAACAAAGAAGAAUGUCUGCAAAUUGAAGCAACGUGUCAGGAAUCUCUGACAGGAGUGGGUGUUGCCUGGGAGGCCUUCCACGAUGAGCAGACUGACAUUGUCAAGUACGAGAUAGCGGUAGGCACGACCCCGGGGGGAAGGGAGCUGAAGUCUCUGUUUGAGGUGGACAACGUUGAGCAGAGAUACACGUACGUCACAGGCCUGAUGCUAAAAGGACACAGAAAGGUGUAUGUAACAGUCAAGGGUACCAAUGGAGCAGGUCUCAGCACCAUCUCUACAUCUCCUGGCAUCUACCUGUCUUAUCUCAGCCAGGGUCUCGAGCCCCUUACACACGUGGGCGUCAUGGACGGGGACAGUCAACAUGGUGAUCUGGACUACCAGACCAGUCUGACGUCAAUGUCUGCCCAGUGGGAUGUGUCGGGUGACCCGUGUCCAGUGGUGAAGUACGAGUGGGCAAUACAGAGAGCAGAUGGACUCGUUGUCCAGGACUUUGUGGACACAGAAGGCCGAACAUUCGGCGUCAAUGAUCAGCUGACCAUGAAGAACAAGCAGAGGUACUAUCAGCUUUUGAGAGUCACCAAUGCACUUGGCUUCACCUACACCCUACGCUCCAACGGUAUCACAGUGAGGGAUGACCCGCUAGUACCAGGAAACGUCAACGAUGGCGACGUGAUCGGGUUUGACCUCCAGUUCGUGAGAACGACGACCAAGGUCAGCGCAAACUGGGACAUGUUCGGCAGUGACGGCAACGCUGGAGAGGAGUCUCUUGUCCUUGAAGCUGAUGGUGCCUUACCCAAGAUGGACAGAAGCCAGGCGUCAAACCAGGAAGUGGUGUUUUAUGAAGUAGCGUUAGGAACAGACCGACGUUUCGGCAAGACGCGUGAAAACGUCGUGCCCUUCACAGAUGUUGGCCUCAACAAAUCUGUGACAUUUUACGACCUGGAGCUCGUUACUCUGGACGCCCUGUACUACUUUACAGUGAGAGCACAUAGUGCUUCCGGGUCAAUGGUCGAGGUCACAUCAAACGGAUUUGCUGUUGGAUUUGACGAUGGUACAACAGCCGGGCUAGUGAAGAUGGGCGACUAUAUCUCCACGACUGAUCACGUGGAGCUGCGCUGGGAGGAGUUUGAGUCUAAUGUUGGUGUCAUGAUGUACUAUGCCGGCCUGGCUGACACCGCCAAGGCAGAGCACUAUCACUGUGGGGAGUUUACUGAGAUGGGUUUGAUCUCCAAAGAGGAGAGACAGAGUGUAAUGAACAUUGCCGAUGUCAACAACGUCGGCAGGGACACCUUCGUCACAUUCACCAACCUCACACUGCUCCAUAACACAAGAUACUAUGUCUGGAUAAUAGGUGUAAACAAGGCCGGUGUCUGCAACAUGACAAGUCACAGAUUCACAGUUGAUGCUUCUCCACCAACUGAGGGCAAGAUCAGAGCGGGUCCAUACUAUGACUUGGCCUCCAGUUAUGCAGCUAAGCCAACUCAACUGACCAUGCACUGGAAGAACUUCAUUGACGACGAGUCAGGAAUAAAGAGCUAUUCUGUGGCCCUUCUGAAGAACAUCUCUUGUGGCCCGGGCAGUCCCGAGGAGCUGGUGGUGGAAGCCCUCACCCUCGACACCAACACUACAUCAUAUACAUUCAUGGACCUGAACCUGCAGGGGUCUGUCCCAUACUUUGUGAGGUUCAUGGCUGACAAUAACGCUGGAUUAUCGACGACGGUUGACUCCCCCCCCGUCCUGUACGACGACUCCAUCCCCUCCCCAGGACACGUUGUUGACGGCCACGACUUCACCACGGACGUCAGCUGGAUGGGGUCAGCCAAUGAGAUCAAAGGCACGUUCCUGCACCAUCCGAUACCUGAUUCAUCUGGUUGCCCUGGGCGUCCAGUCAAGUUUGACGACAGAGAAUGGAAAUUCUUCACGUCAGAUAGUAACUUCGUCGGAGAGGGCAAGAGCUUGUCCUUGACCUUCAGACAGGAGAACGUUCAUCCCAAGGCUGAUGAGGUAGAGAUCAAACUGGCCCGAGACACCAAGAAACCCAGGAUGUUUUCUGGCGGAUACUACAGGAACGCUGAUCUAUUGAAUGGCGGGGUAUACAAGAUGUCAAUCAAAGCAGCAGGUGAACAAACGUCAGAACCUAGAGUCAACAUACGGCCUCAGUUCGGGGGAAUGUUUGUAAACAUUCCGGGUGCAGGGAGAACAUCAAAAAAAGAAAACCGUGACAGCCGGCCAGUGACCAGUGUUGUGUUCUGGGACGGGCCUGAGGACUAUAUCCUCAACAACGACUUCACCCCCACGCCGAGCUGGGCAGACUCCAACUGUGCCUGCUGUGAGGAGGAACCUGUACCAGAGACCUGCAAGUGCAACUGUGAGGAGUAUAUGCUAGCAAAAGACCACUACAGACGUCUGCAGACAACAGAGUCGUCAUCUGCAAACACUACAUCAACGACAACCACCACCACCACCACUACAACGCCUACUACCACUGUCCAAGAGAUUGGUUUACAUCUUCACUUCAGGCCACCUGUUUUCAGUCCUAUUGGGGUAUCUGUUUUCGACGUGACGAGAGUUAAAGAAAAUAAAGACAUAUAUGUAAAACCAAAGAGCGACCCCCAAGAUGCAUGUGGAAUGCAGAUAUUUAAACACACAGGGGAGGACGAGUCCGUGAAGGGCAGGCUGGUUGCAUGGUGCAUCUUCAAGGACCCAAUGAUGAGGGCUCUGGAGACUGUCCGGGACCUCGAUGUAGAUCCGUCCCUCGACUACCAUGACUACACCAUCUCUUACACCAUCAGCAGGGAGGAAGCCAAGGAUUCCGCGGCCACCUGGUGCAUGAAGAUAGAAAUGGACGGAGUGGACAUAUCGGACCAGUGUGGCAUCCCUCAUUUGUCAUCAAACACCAACAUAUUCCUGGGAAUAUGGAACCACAAGAAUUAUAUGCCUGCUACUCGCAGAGACGGGUCCAAUUACCUCCGGGUUUGGGAACAGAGAGCAUCGUUUAGAAACAUGGAAUUGCCCCCUGAUUUGGGGAAGCUGUGUCGCUAUGGUAAUCCGUUCCGUGGAGGAAACAAUGCCAUAGUUCGUUACGAAGCUGGGAUCGGGCUGAAGACAGGUCAAAAUGAUGUCGUACCGUUCCGCCCGAUAUAUAGCCCCUGUGUACCCUGUUUGAGGCCAUGUGACACUUACAGCUGUAACACAUCAUGUGACAAGUCACGUACAGAGCAGGUCAGAUUCAGCCUGACUGACCUCUCGCUGAAUGAAACAGCAACACUAAAUGGGAAGACUGAGCCGAUACCUUAUUAUCUAACAGUGAAGGCAGUUCUGGGGUCAGGCUUGUCAGCCGUAUCCUCUUCUGACGGCUUCUCCGUCGACACCACCCAGCCCUACUUCGACCACGACCUCAUGCUCUACAUGGACGUGUACCAAGGCAACUUCACACCUUCCUCAUUCCAGGGAUCCAACGACACCAUCAAAGCUGUGUGGAAGUGCAGCGACAAUGAGAGUGCAAUAGUAGCCGCAUCCCGGGGGGUGACGAGCUACAGACGUUCACGUCGACGGGGGGAGAACCCAGGCGGGGAAAACGCCGGGUUUGCCGGCAUACUGCGUCAUAACAUCACCUACUACGUGACAGUCCGCUGCACGAAUAGCGGAGGCCUCUCUACAACAUAUAAAGACAAGAAAGGGGUGACCGUGCUGCUUGAAGACCCUGUGGUCGAUGACGUCAACACCACAAUAGAUGGCGCUGAGCCAUUUGCAGACGACGUCAUACCAGACAACGCCAUGAAAACGGACGAUCAAAACUCUGUGGGUGCCUCAUGGACGAUCAGCAAGGAUCCAAGUAUCAAGAGAUACGAUUUUUGUGUGGGGAGUUCUGCAUCAGUGCCAGACGACAUAUUCCCCUGUACCUGGGUAGGCUACAAUCAGUCUGGAACCGUCACCAUAGAAGAUGGCUAUCUGAAGAUAAACGGGGAGAAGGUUCAUAAGCUGAACCAGUACCGACCGGACGCCAGGACUGGAUCAACGACCCCCUUCGACAAGACACGCUUCACAAUGGCUCCUGGAACGGAGAUGUUCAUCUUUAUGAAGAUGUGUAACGAGGCUGGUCGAUGUACCGCCAAACUCAUCGGGUCGUCGUACGUUGAGACGAAGUCGACACACUUGGCGGUGACUGGACCAAAUGGCCUACCGGUCAGCAUCAUGAUGGAUGGAGCAAUUAGUCUCAGGCGGAAAAGGGCAGCCUCGAAAGUGUCUGUAGAAACUCCAACGGGUCUAAAAUCCGGACAGUCAGUAGCCGUAACAGUACUUAACCGGGAAGAUUUGGAAAAAGAUUACAGAUCGGAUGCGUCUACAGAGUUUGUCCCGUACAUCACGGAUCCUGAUACAACAGCGACCGACCCGGCGUUCAUGGCCAGAGUUCUCAGGAAGAGACUAAACUACUCCCACAGGGACACCUCCUUCUCCAUCACCAGCGUCGGUGGCCUCGCUAUGUCAGGACCACUCACUGUUACAUUUCCAUAUGAACCGGAGGAUAUGGAGAGGAAGUACAAACUUCUCCAUUGGAACCCUGAUACACAAUCCUGGCAUGAUAGCAGUCAGACAUGCUCAUCCGAGCUCAACACAGAAGUUGAGGACCCGGAAUCCUCUGUCAUCAAAGUCAAAGUAUGUGGCACGAGGGGCGGUAACCAGGCAACGAGACGCCGCCGCUCAGCCUCUGAAUCAGCCUAUUUCAGCCAGCCUACUCAGUUUCUCAUCACACCAGUUCUGAUUCAAAUACCCAACGACAGACCAAGCAUUACUGGACAUUCCCUCUUUGAAAUUGAUGAAGAUCAAGGCACAAUGGUGUACAUGUUGGAGGCAGCGGACGGUGAUGGGGAUGAGGUCCGGUUCAGGAUAGACCAGGAUGACAUACCUGUAGACAACCUGACCCUUUCAGAGAAUGGAAUACUGAUGUACACCCCUGCCCCUGACUUCAGUGGUGUUGUGGAGAUAUCUGUUGUUCUGUAUGAAGUCCCCAUAGAUGGAGUUCCCCCAAGUGAAGUCACCGUCAACGUCACCAUCAUCGUUGUAUCCGUCGCUGAUGCUCCCACCGCCUUCGCUGCCAGUGACAACGUCAACAUCCUAAACCCAGACCACACAGAACCAAUACUCACCUUUUUGGAGCAAGAGAGGGUGAACGACACGUCCCCGACGGUGUACACAUGGGAAUUCGGAGCCUACGACGUAGACGGCGACAAUAUGACGAUGUACUUCACCCAGCCAGAACACGGAUAUCUGACAGCUGGCGAUGUCGUAACCACGUCACCUGAUUGCUCUGGAAGUCACGCGAGUGACUUCCCUUGUUCAGUCGUCACAAUUGGCCAGCGCGCAGACUCAGUGAGCUGGAUCUACAGAAUCUUCCGGUACGAGCCGGACACAGAAUUCUAUGGCUUUGACGAGACCCGGAUAUACGUACAAGACAAGACGGGGCUAUAUUCGGAUAUUAUCACUCUCAAGUUUGCUGUCAUGGAGCGGCCCUGUCAGAAUGAAGCCAAGUGCAAGAGUAAGAACCCUGACAAGUACACGUGCACUGACUACCGACGAGCCGAGGGCUUCCACCAGUACUACAUCUGUGAUUGUGCCCCUGGCUGGACCAACACCAACUGCGACACCGACAUCGAUGAGUGCAGUAACUCCCCUUGUGUUUGGCCCUACGUGUGUCACGACGACAUCGGAAGAUAUGACUGCGCAUGCCCGGAAAGUGACCCUAAUUGUGACGGGCUGGAGGCAUGGAUGAUCGGGCUAGUUGUGCUGACACUGCUGCUCCUAGUCGUUAUCUCCUUUCUGGGAUGGUAUUCCUUCAUGGUCAAAAGGGGCCGUCUCAAGUGGUCAACGUUGUGGCGACGUAUUGCAGGAGAAGCUCCGGACGUAUCCGAAACUAAAACAGCAUUCGUCAACUCUGCCUGUGAUCAGGUUGAACAUGGAAUCGAGAACAAGUCGAAGUCUGACACGUCACAUCCGGUUAAGAAACUAACUUCCGGUGGCAAGAAGAACAAGGUGUCAACAACUGUGGCCGACUCUGCUCCACUGAAAUAUUCCGUGGACGGUAACAUCAGCCGUCCAACCACUCCGCGAGAAGUUACAGUUCAGCCAAAAUCAAACCAUGCCUCACCGCAAGAAUCGGCCAGGCCAUCCAAAUCGAAUGCAAUGGAGUGGACGCGGUCUGUGACGCCAGUGGAGCGAUCUGUCACGCCAAUGGAACGGUCUAUGACACCAGUGGAACAGUGUGACGAGCGACCUGGAAGCGGCUACUCUCUGCUCAGAUCAACCCUUCAGAGACGCGAAGGGAGCAUUGUGUUAACUGAUAAACCAAGUCGGGACAGCGACCUGUAACUGAACCAAUGCUUUCCUGCACCUACUGUCGUUAUAUACCACCACGAAAUACAUGUCUUGUACUGGACGUUUAAUGGGACACAAAGAUGUCGAUACGUUUACUGUUAAUUGCGUUGCUUACAUUUGAACAAUCACUAUGUUGACAUCAGUCUGACAAGUAUUUUUGGUCAUAUAUAUAUAUAUAUUCUAUCAUUUUGAAAGAUUCGUGUUUUUAUGUGAAGUAUCACGACGACAAAUUCAUUGACUGGACAAAAACUUGGACAAAAAUCUGCAGAAGAAUACGUGUCUUUUCACGUGUUCAGAAGAUGAAAUACUCGUGCACCCUACACCCAAUCUAAUUCUACAAUGUAUGCAUUUGUGUAUAUCUGUUAUCGCAUGUUCCAGAAAAAAUAAAUAUGCAGCAGUUU